UAAUCUCUUCAAAGGCGGUUGGUAGUGGUGGCGCUGGUACUCCGGCUGAGGUAUCACAUAUGGCGGCGAUUUGCACCUCCGUGCACUCCUUCUCACCACCAGCAACCUCCAGAUUAUCUUCAUCUGCGUCCACAUCUCCUUCAUCGUCAGUUUCGUUGUUUUCGAGACGCCGGAGGAUGAAAACGGCGUCGUUUUCGAUGGUUGUGUGUAUGGCUCCUGAUGAAGAGAAGCUCACUCGCCGUAAUCCUCUCGAUUUCCCUGUUGAAUGGGAGAGGCCUAAGCCCGGUAGAAGGCCCGAUAUAUUUCCUCAAUUCAGCCCAAUGAAAACACCAUUACCACCUCCGUUACCAUACGACCCACCGCCAGAAGAGGAAGAAGAGGAAGAGGAGGAAAACAAAGAAGAGGAGGAAGAGGAUCCGGAUAAGGAACAACCUGAGACCCGCCUUGGUCACUGACCAGUCUCCGAUUUUGUUGACCAAACAGGAGUGUUUGCAUGUGAGGUUAAAAGAGUAUUUAGUGUGCCAUAGUUGAGUGAGUCGUCGUAGUGUACCAGUUUUCUCUCUUUUUUUAUUUAUCAAUGUAAACCGGCCCAUGACUUUGUAGGAUCGUCUUUUAUUUGGGAAUAAACGGGUCUAUCCUUUCGUUGUUUGAAUC